UGAAUGUGCUAUUAGUCCAUUGGACACUAUGUGAUAAGCCUAAGCGACCUAUCUACAAUAUCGCACAUAUGGUCAACUCGAUUGAACAAGUGGACAGUUAUCUGGAAAGGGGUGCCAACGCUAUUGAAUGUGACAUACAGUUCGUGGGCGACGGGACACCAGUCCAUGCCUUUCACGGCAUUCCCUGCGAUUGCUUCAGAGAUUGCGGGAAAUGGACGCCAAUUGAGCUCUACAUGCAGUACAUCAGAAACAUAACUACACCCGAGAGCCUUAAAUAUAAUGAUAAAUUUGUACUCAUUAUACUGGACCUGAAAACUGACAAUUUAGACGAGAUUAAAAAAUUUAUAGCCGGACAAAGGUUAUUUGACUUAUUGCUGGAGCACUUAUUUAACCGUGGUCACGUACACACCCGGGUCAAUGUACUGCUCUCUAUACAGAGGGUAUCGGAUGAGCCAUUAAUGACCGGGUUUAUGGAUGCUUUAAAUAGUAUGGAUUUAAGUCACUUAAACAGACACAUCGGUUGGGAUGUCAGCGCUAAUGAACCCCUGGAUGUCAUCAGCACGAUGUACAGCAAGCGGGCUAUGUAUGGAAAUAUAUGGCAAAGCGAUGGUAUCACCAAUUGUGUCAGUUUUAUAAACCCGACCGAUAGGCUCCAGGCCACCCUACACUUGCGGGAUAACUUUCGCAAGCCUUACAUGAGCAAGAUCUAUCACUGGACUAUUGACCUGCACUUUUCUAUUAGAAACUCGCUCAGACUGGGUGUUGACGGACUCAUUACAAACUACCCGGAACGUAUAGCUAGUAUAUUGAAUGAGGAUGAGUUUCAUGACGACAUACGAUUAGCCAACUAUACCGACAAUCCCUGGACUAGAUAUAUGACCGAUAAGUCUAUGACUGGUAUUAAAGUCAAUACAAAUCACUUGGAAAGACUACAAUUCAUAUACUCUUUAUUGGUAAUC